CUUCUGCUUUGAGUUGCCUCUGGUUUUCGUUCCAUAUCUCGCUCAGUGCUCUCUGAAAUCCUUGAAAUCUCAGGUUCUUCAAUUUACGACGAGGACAUGGCUAAGCCGAAGCAACAGAAGAAACCACCUCAGAAGAAGCAACAAAAUCCACAAACUAAGAAGCUGGGAAAACAUGAUACUGCUCAAUUUCGGUCUCAGUUGGAUGCUUUAGGCCUACGCAUUGUUGAAGUGACAUCAGAUGGUAAUUGUUUCUUCAGAGCCCUUGCUGAUCAGUUGGAAGGCAAUGAGGAGGAACAUCAAAAGUAUCGCAGCAUGGUGGUGAAACACAUACUGGAUAACCGGGAGAUGUUUGAGCCCUUUAUUGAAGAUGAAGUCCCAUUUGAUGAAUAUUGCCAGUCUAUGCAAACUGAUGGUACAUGGGCUGGACAUAUGGAAUUGCAGGCAGCUUCUCUUGUAACACACAGUAACAUAUGCAUCCAUCGGAACAUGUUUCCUCGGUGGUACAUAAGAAAUUUUGAUGAUCGUGGAGCUCAUAUGAUCCAUUUGUCUUACCAUGAUGGGGAGCAUUAUAACAGUGUGCGGUUGAAGGAUGAUCCUUGUGAUGGGCCUGCAAGGUCAAUUUUAAUUAAGGCUGAUGCUGAUCUUUCAGCGCCAUCACAUCAAACAAAAGUUACGGCAAACAAAACCUGUAGGCAAGCUGGUAGGGAAGUUCUUCAGCUAGGGUCCAUAAAGUUGGUUAUGGCUGGAACUGGAUGCGACAACACUGCAAAAGUGGAACAGAUUCUAGAGCAGGUAAAUGGAGAUGUUGAUGCUGCGAUAGAGUUUCUAAUAGCUGAACAAGGAACAGAAGAGUGCUCUACAAAGCCUGAUUCCCUUCCUGGUCAGGUUACUACUUCUGGUCAUGAUGAAAAUAAGAAUCAUGACCAACACAAAGAAGACUUGUUAGAGGACAGCUCUGAUGAUGAAUCAAACAACAGCUCCAGUAAGACCAAUGACAAUAUCACAUUGCCAAAAAAUGACAAGAGCUCACUACAGAAGAUUCCUAGAAACAAGGUCUGCCCUUGUGGUUCAAAAAAGAAAUACAAAUCUUGUUGUGGAACUACCUUGGGGAGACAAUCUGCUAAAUUUGUAGUUAACCAAGCAGAUGACUCCAAAAGGGGAAGAAAAGAAAGGAAGCAAGGAAAGAAAGGGAUUUCUGCAAAAGCGGAAGCACCUUGUGACUCUGUGACACCUGACAUGGGUGCACUUUGUAUUUAAAUUGAUAAUAAAU